UUGAGAAGGAAAAAGCUCGCCUCGCCCAGUUUGAGGGAAAAUCGAAAAAUAUGAACCCUCCCAAGCUCGAUGCUCCUCUUUUUGAGACAACCGAAGCCAAGGAACUUAAAGAUAUCGACCCUGGACUACAGGAUUUGCAAACAAAUGUUUUCUAA